AUGCCUCCGAGAACGCGUGUUAGAGCAGGUGAGAUCGGAAGAAAGGGUGGCCGUGGUCGUGGCCGAGGGGCACCGGUUGAGGAUGAAGUUAGCCAACAUGGGGAAAAUCCGAAUGGUAAUCCGGGGGAAGGGGCCGGACAUGGUCAGGGAGAGGAAACACCAGUUGUUCAAAAUCCUUUUGCUAGGGAUUUCGUUGCGGCUCUUGCGGCUGCAAACCUUUUAAAUCCUGCUCCUAGGGAAAACGCAGAUAGUCGUGCUAUGAUAGCAAUGAGGGAGUUCAGCCGUAGAAAUCCACCUACGCUUGAUGGGUCGAGCAGUGACCCUCUUGUGGCCGAUCAUUGGCUAGCUCAAAUUCGAAAACUUUUCAGGGCUCUUCAGAUAACGGAGGAUGACUUGCGGGUGAAUAUCGUAGCCGUUCAGCUUACCGGGGAAGCGAAUGAGUGGUGGGAGUCGGUCUUGGAAUCAAGGAAAGACGCAAGGAGAGCGACAAGGACUGUGGCUCAAGCAAAUGAGCCAGAUAUUGAGAACUUAACUUGGGCGGAGUUUGAGGUGCUCUUCGAGGAGCAAUACUUUCCGGAAACGAGUCGUGAACAAAUGAGGGAAGAGUUUGAGAAGUUGGAACAAGGGGAUAUGACGGUGUCGGAGUAUGCUUUGAAAUUUCAAUCCUUGUCCCGUUUUGCGCCGGAGUUAGUGGCAACCGAAGAGAGGAAGUGUAGGCGAUUUGAAAGGGGGUUGCAUGAGACCGUGAAGAAGUUUGUUGUGGCGCAACGCAAAGGGAAGUUUUCUGAAGUCGUUGAGUGUGCACGGAGCAUUGAGACACCUAAGGAGACACCCAAAAAUCCUAAGGUUUGGGAACCAAGACAGCCAAUGGGAGGUGUGAGUUCUUCAUCGAGAAGUUUCGGUGGUCAAGGGAGAAAAAGACAAAGGGAUCAAAUGUCGACAUUGCAGGGUCCAUCAAACUUUAGGCCUCCACCCUCUUCUUCGUUCGGGACUCAGGGAGUUUCCAAUAGACCCUCAAUCGUAUGCCACGAGUGCGGUCAGAUGGGGCACAUUCGUGCCCAAUGCCCGCGACUUUUGAACACGUGUUUUACUUGUGGGAAGCCCGGUCACUUUGCUAGAAAUUGCCCAAGUGGAGAAGGGGCACGUAGUGAGUCAGGUUCAAUGCAGCAGCCGAGGAGUGGACAAGGUUCUGGCCGGCAGUCGUUUCGGGGUGGAUAUGUUCAGGGUCAGACUACUCAGGGGAGGGCUUUUGCUAUCACAUCUGCCAUUCUGCCUCCACCACCUCCUGUCACUUCUCAGGCCCCGGAAACAUCGGUUGUGAGGGGAGGUAGGUCGCCGUUAGAUCGCAUUUGCCGGGAUUGUGAACUUAUUAUCCGAGAUCGUCGUUUUAGCUUUGAUUUUAUCGUGUUGAACAUGUCGGGGUUCGAUCUUAUUUUGGGAAUGGAUUGGUUGUCCACUUUUCAUGCUACUAUAGAUUGCUUCAAGCGCCGGGUCCGUAUUUGUCCGCCUGGGGGUUCUUGUUUCGAGUUCGUCGGGGAGCGUCGGGAACCGAUAGAACCAUAG